UUUGAAAAUGCACCAAAUAUUCCAGUUGAAUCUACUUCUGAACUGAGGACGAGCAAGUCAAGUGUGCUUGUUAAUCUGGAACAUCUACAACCAUUGCUUUCUCUUUCUGGAUGGAGAUUCUGAGCUGUUGAGGAUGCUCUGCGUCGUCGUUCUGCCCGUGGCUUUCCUGAUUGUGCGGAGCUCAAAGCUCUGCCCUCAUCAGUGUAUUUGUUACGAUGCGUCUGAGCUGGUGGACUGUCGGUCCCGAGGCUUCACGCACGUUCCCCGCAGUAUCCCACACGGCACGUGGCUCCUGGAGCUCAGUGGGAACCAGCACCUCCUUCACUGGGAUAUGGGCUCUCCGGGUCCUUCUGCUCUCUCAGAGCAACAUGCAGGCUCUGUCCUCUCUGACCUUCCUGGAAAAGCUGGACCUGGCUUACAACGAGCUCCGUGUCCUUCCUCCAGAUUUCUCUCAAGGCUUGACCGCUCUUAAAGAUCUCAAGCUUUCCCACAACGCUCUGCAACGCCUCGAGUCCCACUCCCUGGAGGACCUAGAAAGUCUGGAGAGGUUAGAUCUGUCACAACCAGGUUCAGGUUAUCGAAGUUGGUGCGUUUCGUGGCCUCGCCAUGCUAAAGCACCUUAACCUUGCAUGGAAUCAACUCAACCUUGGUUAUGGCCGAACGCAAGCAAAAGCAAAAGAUGAACCUGGAAAAAUAAGGGAAUGAUCCUAUGCCUUGGGAGUCUCGCAACAGCUAUUAGCAAUAGAGUCUUAUUUUACAUAACAGGUCUUCAUUUUUGCACAUUUUAUAGUUUUUAUCUACAAUCAAACCACAAAUCAUUCAGACACUAGAUAUAUAUUUUUUUUUUACUAGUGGGUGCAGGACACUAUAGUUUGUUUAUGUAAGUGAGGAUAGCAAAAUAAAGUAAACUGCGACAUAUUAUACACAAAAAUUCU